AUGGCAAAGCAAGUAGUUUACAUGUUAUCGUUGGUGGCAUUCGUAUGGGCGUAUGUGUUUUCGACGAUUGAUGCCAAUCCUUACCAGCGUGCUCAUAACCAAGGAGGGGAUCACUACCUUAAGCACACUAUAAGUCGGAACGUUGACGAUGAAGACUCGCACACGAAAGAAGGUAAAUUGAACGCUCUCUAUGAAGACUCGUACGGCAAGAAAUACGAGCGAAACGAAGAGAAUCGAGCUCAUGAAUUACAAAAGCAUAAAGAGGCUGAUUCAGAGUUGGAAGAGAAACGAAACAAAUACAACCGUCGUCCAUAUGAACAUUCAGAUAAAGGCAGCGACAGUGACUCCAGCGACAGUAACGGCUAUGGGAGUGAAAGUCGAGAUGAUAAAUACAACCGUCAUCCACAUAGAUAUGCGGGUAAAGGCAGCGACAGUGGCGACAGCAACGACUACGAGAGUGACGAUCGAGAUGAGCGAGGAAAGCACGGAGCUCCAGAACAGCACGAUUAUUCUGGUUCACGCAAAUCCGACGGAUCAAAACCCGAGUUACACAAGAAAAAGCAACAUUCAGUUGAAAAUGAAAACAAAACCGGCAAAAACUCGGAACUAAACUUGCAAUUUUUUAGACGUCAUGGCGGAUAUUCACCACACAAGCCUGCAGAUAAACGAUAUCCUGAAGAAAAGGAAUCAUAUAAACAGAAACCACACAGCCACAUAGCCUUCAAAUGCAUUCACUGUACUCUAGUCGGUAUUAUAUAG